CCCGAUCUCAUCAAACAUUUCCCUGUCUAUGGUUUUCGUAAUUUUUGAAGGCAAAACGUUUUGUUUUUUUUUGUUUGCUUUGAAGAGCAUUUUCGUAACAGGCUGUGCCGCAUCGACAUUACUGCGAAAGGAUUCCCUUUAUUUUUAAUGUUUCUACAUAUAGUGACACAGGAAGUGCUUGAAGCCUUUCAAUAUGUACUGUAAUGGACGAAAGCUUAAAUCCCAUCCAACUGAACUGUGACAGAGAGAGAUAUAAACAACGGACUGUCACGCCAUGGAUACCUAUGAUUAGAUUUAUAUUAACGCCAUGGAUGCGUAUGAUUAGAUUUAUAUCAAGCAAGUAAUACAAUGCUUUUUGUUGCAGUUUGCAAGCUGCUUUCUGAUACUAUAUCAGUGUCAGUGGCAUUACAGAGACCAUUGUUGCAUUUCGUAAUGACACAGCACUGGCUUUCACUUGACCCUCCCAUUUCAAUUCGUCGGCGUGGAGAGCGUGUGCGGAGCUUCCUGGUUAUGGCAAUCACAAUCCGGUUCACCAGAUCGCAGACUCACCGGUUCUUCGCUCUUGGGCACCUUUUUUCUCCUUUUCAAAGACACCGAGUCCUCCGUCGGAGUAUGGCCUCGGACUCGGCGACACGCUUCGACUUCCUCGUAAUCGGCGGGGGGUCCGGUGGCCUGGCGGGGGCGCGGAGGGCGGCGGAACUCGGGGCAGCCACGGCCGUGAUCGAGAGUCACAAACUCGGAGGUACCUGCGUCAAUGUUGGCUGUGUCCCUAAAAAGGUUAUGUGGAAUGCAGCAGUUCAUGCUGAGUAUCUUCACGAUCACGCAGAUUAUGGGUUUGAAGGUGGACAUGCUCAUUUCAGAUGGGAAACUCUAAAGGCCAAAAGGGAUGCCUAUGUCACUCGGCUUAAUCACAUAUAUCGCAACAACCUCGACAAGGCUAAAAUAGAAACUAUUCUAGGUCAUGCAAGGUUCACAGAUGACCCUGAGCCCACUGUGGAAGUCAAUGGCAAGAAGUACACAGCACCUCACAUCCUCAUUGCCACUGGGGGGCACCCUUCUGUCUUGAGUGACAGCGAUGUUCCAGGGGCAGGUUUGGGCAUCACCAGCGAUGGCUUUUUUGAACUUGAAAGCCUUCCAAAGCGCAGUGUCAUUGUGGGUGCUGGAUAUAUUGCAGUGGAGUUAGCAGGCAUCCUCUCCACUCUUGGGUCGAAAAUAUCCCUCAUAAUUCGACAGACAGGGGUGUUGAGGAACUUUGAUAAUCUGAUAAGUACAAAUUGCACCAAAGAACUACAAAACUCUGGCAUAGAUAUGUGGAAAAACACUCAGGUGAGGUCGGUGAGUAAAACAGACAAGGGUCUUGAGGUGACACUUGUCACCAAAGACCCGGAGAAGAAGAAUGAUGAGGAAAAAAUCAGUACCAUCCGGGAAGUGGACUGUCUCCUCUGGGCCAUUGGCAGACAACCCAACACUGCUGGACUCAACCUCACUCAGCUGGGUAUUGAUACAGAUGAGAGAGGCCAUAUCAUAGUAGAUGAGUUCCAAAACACUACCCGCCCAGGGAUCUAUGCUGUAGGGGAUGUUUGUGGCAAGGCCCUUCUCACACCCGUUGCCAUUGCUGCAGGCAGAAAACUGGCGCACAGACUGUUUGAGGGUAAGAAGGAAUCCAAGAUGGACUAUUCCAACAUUCCCACAGUGGUGUUCAGCCACCCACCCAUUGGUACAGUGGGCCUCACAGAAGAGGAGGCCAUAAAGACUAGGGGGAAGGAGAAUGUGAAGACUUAUAAGACUACCUUCACUCCGAUGUAUCAUGCUCUGACAACUAGGAAGACCCAGUGCAUCAUGAAACUUGUAUGUGUAGGCAAUGAGGAGAAGGUGGUUGGCCUGCAUAUGCAGGGUCUUGGUUGUGACGAAAUGCUUCAGGGCUUUGCUGUCGCCAUAAAGAUGGGAGCCACCAAAGCAGACUUUGACAAGACUAUUGCCAUUCACCCCACGUCAUCUGAGGAGCUUGUCACGAUGCGUUAAUACAGUGUAGAGUGCCACCUCACCUCUUAAUACCACAAACCAGUAUGAUCAGCAACAGAUUUGCAUAUUAAUUCCCAUCUGCUUGACAGUUUGCUAUGUAGUACUUUUUCACUUCCAUUUUCUUUCAUUCAGGUGAUCUUAUUUGUGGGCAGUGUUGGAUCAUUUUAUUUUUCUUAGUUUACCUAAAUCAGGGUUGCCAACUCAUACAUCUGGCGUGAGUCUCACGCUUUCAGGCUCUAUCUCAAGACACCAAGGCAAAUCUCAUGCCAAAACACUGUGACAGCAACAGAGAUGAACAGGCAAACGUAAAAGUCUUUCUGGUAUAGUAAUGGUCUCAAAGUCUAUCUGGUAUAGUAAAGGUUAAACCAAGCGAACAACCUUGACUAGAAGACAGCUGAGUAUUCGAAAACUGGGUCUUUUAUGUGGGUGUUUCCAUGGAGAUGCAUCUUAAAUUACUCUCUGAUUGGUGCACGAUGCUUAUCUCUGUGUUGAAUAAAUGCUUUGUAAACAGCCAGCCACCUUACGUUAGGUGUCUAACAUUAAGCGCACGUCAAAGAGAAGAAUGAAAUCAAUGAAUGAAAGCACAUGCAUGUGCGCAAAAUCUCACUCCGGCCAGGUUACCAAAGUUGGUAACUCUGCCUAAAUGGACCAAGACCAAGUAACGGCUUUAUUCAAUUGUACUGUGGGUCUUUAUCAGCAGUGACUAUCAAUUUCAUUAGAUUUCCAAGAUUCAUUUUACAAUGAUUGUGAGAUGGAAGUGAUGGAUCUACACAGGUAUCAUCGGCAUGCAGUUGCAUGGGAAAAGUCAAAAGAUCUAUAUCCUGGUAUGUGUUGAUUUGUUCGUCAUUUGUCAGAUGAACAUUGCAAACACUGCUGCCCCUAUUUGCUGCCAAAGCUAGGUCACAUAACACAUUCUGUACUGUUGUGCAGAUUCAAUAAA